UGGGCGGUGCAUUGUGGGAAACUCCGGGCUCCGCGUCGGUCCGCAGCCGCCGCCCGCUGUCGUCCGUCUGGCGGAGGGAGCGCGCAGCACCGAGGCGGGAGGCCCAGAGGACAGCGGCGCGCAUGUAAUGCCCAGGGCUGAGUCUCCCUGAGCCUCUGUGGUCCAGCCACCGGCCUGUCCCGCACGCCCCCACCCCGCCCGCCAGCACCACCCGCCAUGGAGUCCAGAGGAAAGUCCGCCAGCAGCCCCAAGCCUGACACCAAGGUGCCCCAGGCCCCCGCCGAGGCCAAGGCCCCUCCGGCUGCCGAUGGGAAAGCCCCUUCCACCAAGCCUGCGAAAAAGGAGCCCCCAGCAGAGAAGCAGGAGCAGACGGCAGCCCCCAACCCGGCCCCUGCCAAGAAGACCCCCGCCAAGGCAGACCCUGCCCUCCUCAACAACCACAGCAACCUGAAGCCGGCCCCCUCGGCCCCCAGCGGUCCGGACGCGGCCGCAGAGCCCAAGCGCCCUGGCGAUGGGGCUGAGCAGGACGAGGCUGCCAACGGGGGCCCCGGGGGGUCCGGGGGCCGCGGCCCCUGGCCCUGUGAGAACUUGAACCUCCUGCUGGUGGCUGGGGGGGUGGCCGUGGCAGCCGUGGCCCUGAUUCUUGGUGUGGCCUUCCUGACCCGGAAAAAGUAAUGCCCGGAGGCCAGGCGGGGGCACGGGGCCACAUCUGUGCAGACCUGAGGAAGCUAGUGCAUGCAGCGUUCACACCUACCCACCUACCCACACACACGCGCACUCGUAUACAGACACACUCGCCCCGCGUACCGCGGAGGGGGACGCACAGCCCCCUGAGCGGGGCACGGAGCCCCCCUCUGCCUCCCCCAACCCCCGGGGCUCCAGGGCAGGACAGGGCGAGCUCCAGUGUUGGGCAGGGCCUGUGUGUGGCCCCCGCCCAGCUGGAUGGGUCCCCGUGUGCCAGGCCUGAGACGCCCCAGUGAUCCUGGGGGGCUUCCCGGCAGCAACAUCCAGAGGAGCCCCCACUGGUCUCUGCAGUAUGGCAGGGGUCCAGGAUGGGUUCUGCUUAGCCCUACCCUUGUGGGACAUUAAAGGGCGUGGUCACUCCACUCUCCCCACUUCUGCUCCGUCUGUGUCCCCAGGGGGCUGCCGGCCAGUGCAGUGGGGCUGGCAGGGGGCGGGUGGUCACCCAGGGCCCCGGUGCCCCUCCACCCACUGCCAUGCCCUGGCUGGUCUUGGUGCCCCCCAAAAGUCCCCCU